AUGCCCGCCCGCUACGAAAGCCCCCCCGCCAGCCCGGAACCCCUGGCCCGGCCCCUGACCUUCCCCUUCUCCGGCAAGACGGCCAAGAACCGCCUCCUCAAGAGCGCCAUGGCCGAGUCUCUCGCGACCUGGAGCGCCACAGAGCCCUCAAAGAGAGGUAUCCCCACGCCAGAAGUUGUCGAAGUCUACCGCCGAUGGGGUCAAGGACCAGACAACUUUGGCAUCAUCUCCACAGGCAACAUCACAAUCGAAUUCGAGGACGUGAGCACCCUCGGCGAUAUGAUCAUCACCCCCGAAUGCGCUCCCGAAGAAGGCGACGCCCGCUUUGAGGGCUUCAAGGCCAUCGCCGCCGCAGGCAAGGCCGACGGCAGCCUCAUGGUCGGACAGGUCAACCACCCCGGGCGCCAGGUGCAGAAGAAGAUUCAGCCGAACCCCGUCUCCGCGUCCGCCGUUCACUUGGUACCAAAGAUGGGCAUGGAAUUUGCCACGCCCCGCGAAGCCACCAAACAAGACAUUGUCCGCUUCAUUGACGGCUUCGCCCACGCGGCAGCCUACCUCGAGAAAGCAGGCUUCGACGGCGUCCAGCUGCACGCCGCGCACGGGUACCUCCUCGCGCAAUUCCUCUCGCGCACGACGAACCGCCGCACCGACGAGUACGGCCCGCAGACGCUCGAGAACCGCACCCGGUUGAUUGCGGAUAUCGGGAGGGCCGUGAGACAGCGGACGUCGCCGGGGUUCAUCCUCGCUGCCAAAAUCAACAGCGUCGAGUUCCAGGAGGGCGGGGUGACGACUGACGAGGCGAGGGAGAUGAGUUCCCUGCUCUCCGGGCUUGGAUUUGACUUUUUGGAGAUUUCGGGGGGAACGUAUGAGGCUAUGGGUAUGAGCUGGGAGAAGGAGAGCACACGCAAGCGGGAGGGCUUCUUCCUCGAGUUUGCGGAUACGGUUGUCAAGGGACUCGGCGAGGACGCGGCGGCGCGCAAGACCAAGGCGUACAUUGUCGGCGGGAUGAGGACGGUCGGCGCGAUGGUGAAGGCGCUCGAGGUCGUUGACGGGGUCGGGCUGGGACGUCCCGGCGCGCAGGAGUUCCGAUUGGGAUCGGAGUUGAUAUCGGGGAGGGUGCAGGGCGCCGUGCAGCCUGUUGAGAUGAUUGAGAAGGAUAUCGGGAUGGGGUUGACGACGGCGGCGGCGCAGAUUCAUCAGGUUGGGCGGGGUGAGGAGCCGUUUGACGCGAGUGAUGAGGGCGCGGUGGGGAGGUUUGCGCAGGACAUGCAGGCUUGGUAUGGGGAUUUGAUUGCUGACGGGGAUAAGUUGGAGCAUUUUGGCGCUGUCAAAUAUUCUGGCGAGACUGUGCCCUAUGGGGAGACCUCCAAGGCGUAG